GUCAGGAAAGUAUUAGAUCGUAUUAGAUUAUGAAGAAGCAUGUUAUAACCUGCAUAUAUAUGUGUGUGAGAUCCGUAGGAUUUGGACAUUUUGAACAAAUUCAGGUGCUACAAUCAAGCUUCAUAGUGAGUAUGUGAGAUGGUUUGACAAUGGAUGGUGAGCCUGCUUCAGUCAUUGACCAGACCCCCAGCCAGGUGUCGGGGGUUCAGUGCAGUGUGAGGACCAGCGGCAGUACAAGGAAGAAUACUCCAUACCACAAGACUCCCCGGAGUCGACGCUUCGGUCUCCAAGGUUCGAAGUCUCCACUGAUAGAAAAGACGCCAACCUCCCCAAGACAUGCUCCAAGCUUUAAGGGUCUUGUGAACAAGACAUGGAAGCUGUAUCGGUUAUCUCCCUUAUACAACUUCACACCUACACCAAGUCAUUUGAGGAGAUAUGGAACUUCUCUCUCAGUUUUAGUAGGCGAGCGACAGAGAAGAAGCUUGAUCACAGAAAGUAAGGACUUGGUGAGAUCCCUGAUCAGCCCAUACCGAGAACUCACCAUAGGACCAGAUGAUCCUGAGUGCAUUCAAAUUCUCAUCACAGGGAAAACUUUGAAAGACAUCCCUACAACAUUAGUCACAGGAUUCAUGUUCGGGGUGGAGCUUCAGGACAGCCUGGUCUCGCCCCACAAUGGACACUUCAAGCACUACCCUGUGCUCAUGGUGAAGGGGUCAAUGUCGCUCUGUAAGGCCCUCACAGACUGGCUGGAGAGCAAGUUUGACUGUAGAGUGUCUGCUAUGACCUUCUCCUCAGUUGACCUCAGCUGGAUGGUGGCCAUGUGGAGUGGAUUAUCAAAAGGUUUGAAGAGCAAGCCAGUUGAACUCCUGUACACAGUGCCAGAAGAGGUUGAAGGACUGAAGAAGAUCACGUACAGUAUUGAUGCUGAGGACUGCCAGAGACUGUGGGACAGUAUCCAUGACGGCAGCAGUAAUGAAUUCACCGAAGAGGAAGUCAAGACUUUUAUGGACUGUUUACAGUCCCACUUCUAUGGUUGUUUUAAAGUUCAUCUCUCAUCAAUGUUUCUGACGAGAAUUGGGACAUCCAUUGUGUAUGUUGGGAGUGAUGGCAAAAUAAAAUUUUUCACUGAAAGUGGCGUGAUCCCAGUGCUGAGGUACAUUAGUGAACUCUCUGUAGAGAAGUCAAAAAUCUUAUAACACUAGAACGUGUCGGUUUCACAAUAGUGCAUCCGUGUCCACCUUCUUUCUUUGAGACCAUCAGUGUUAUGAAAUGAUGGAUAAAGUAGUUGUGUUUGAAACUAUAUCAUCUAAAAAAGAAACCAGGACAAAUAUAUUUUCAUAGGAGAAUGUAUUUAGCUUGUUGAUUAAGGAUCACGUUUGACCGUGCUGGCAGAAGGAACAGUAACAUUAGACCUUAUACAUCUUUACUGUUUAUAUGCUGCUUAUGUAUAUCAUUUAUAAAAAAAAUGAAUAUUCUUAACCAUCAUCAUCCUGCAACAUCCUGUGUAUGUAUGUACCCAUGUUGUAGAACAGCGUAGGCUCAUUCACUUCCAGAACAGUUCAUUAAUCAUGGAGGGGGCAUGGGUGGCUCCUUCAACCAGGUGCCGCAAGUUGCGUCCCUUGGACACGCCAGAAAUCUAUGAUCAUCCGUUCGAUUCCUGUUCACAGAUUGUUUCUAGGUUUAUCAGCACCAUACCUGUGGUCACGAGUUUCACCAAAGAUGUAAACAUGACACCUGCAUCACUUUGGGUUUCUUCCCACAUUAAGCUGACACGCCGUGAUAUGACUUGAAUACUGUUAAAAGCAGCGUUAAACCCAACUCACUUGCUCAGCCACUGUUUAUAUACAAGUUACACACCCCAGGAGCACCCAUGUUGAUCAUUAUGGCACAUUGACUUGAAGAACAGUAUAUUAACCAUUGAGUAAGACUUACAAGACCUGUACAACACACAGACAUUUGUCAUGUUAAAUUUUUGUAGUGAAAAAACUUCUAUUGCCAGCACCAAGGCAGUCAUCCUCACUGUAUAUGGGUGUUGUGGAUCCCUGUUAUGUCCCUAGUAGGCAACUACAUUGUGUGGUUAAACCAUGUUGAUCCUGUGCAUGUUUUCAUAAUAUUUAUGGUUUUGUAUACAUGGUUAUGUAAUAUAUACAAUUUACAUGUACAAGUUUGUCGGUAUGUUCUCAAUAUGAAAAUUAUGAUAAAAAUUGAAUUUGUGGUUAUGAAUAAAUGUGCGUUUUAAAAAUUGA